CAAUUCAAUUUUGAAAAACAGGGGGAGAGAGAUUUAAAAUAAAGCUUAAUUGCACUGCUGCUUCUGCUCCCACUGUAGCCACACAUGUCUCUCUCUUCCCUUUAAAGCCUCAGCUCUCCCCUCUCCACCUCCCUCUAAGCUCUAAUGGCCAUCUCUCCACUUCUCUUCCUCUCCUUAUUCUUCUUCUUCUCAUUUCUCCCAUUCCUUCCUUUCUAUUCAGCUUCAGCCUCAGCUCUUCAUAGGACUUACAUUGUCUUCGUCCAACACGACGCCAAGCCCUCUGUUUUCCCAACCCACAAGCACUGGUACGACUCGUCCCUCAGAUCCCUAUCCUCCACCAUUCAAACCACGUCUCAUUCCGAAACUAGUAGGAUUCUCCACACCUACGAGACUGUGUUUCAUGGGUUUUCUGCAAAGCUAUCUCCUUUGGAGGCUGACCAGCUCCAAAAGGUGUCUGGUAUUGUUGGGGUUAUUCCUGAGCAGGUCAGGGAAUUGCAGACCACUAGGUCUCCUCAGUUUCUGGGGUUGAAGACGACGGAUAGUGCUGGGUUGUUGAAGGAGUCUGAUUUUGGGUCCGAUCUGGUGAUCGGAGUUAUUGAUACUGGGAUCUGGCCGGAGAGGCAGAGUUUCAAUGACAGAAAUUUGGGUCCAGUUCCGGCGAAGUGGAAGGGGGAGUGUGUGGGUGGGAAGGAUUUUCCGGCUACUUCGUGUAACCGGAAGUUGAUCGGAGCGAGGUUCUUUUGUGGUGGGUACGAGGCUACAAAUGGUAAGAUGAACGAAACGUUGGAGUCCCGUUCGCCGCGGGACUCCGACGGGCACGGUACCCACACUGCGUCGAUCGCCGCCGGGAGGUACGUGUUUCCGGCCUCCACUCUCGGCUACGCUCGUGGCGUCGCGGCGGGGAUGGCUCCCAAAGCCCGCCUCGCCGCUUACAAGGUUUGCUGGAAUGCUGGCUGCUACGACUCCGACAUUCUCGCUGCGUUCGACGCCGCCGUCGCCGACGGAGCCGACGUCGUGUCCCUCAGCGUUGGUGGCGUCGUAGUCCCCUACUACCUCGAUUCUAUCGCCAUCGGCGCCUUCGGAGCUUCCGACCACGGAGUGUUCGUUUCCGCCUCCGCCGGCAAUGGAGGCCCCGGCGGCCUCACCGUCACUAAUGUCGCACCCUGGGUCACAACCGUCGGCGCCGGAACAAUGGAUCGUGAUUUCCCCGCCAACGUAAAGCUCGGAAACGGAAAGUUGAUUCCGGGCGUAAGCGUCUAUGGCGGACCUGGGUUGGCCCCUGGGCGGCUCUAUCCUCUGAUAUACGCUGGAAGUGUAGGUGGCGAUGGAUACUCAUCAUCACUCUGCUUGGAAGGAUCCUUAGAUCCCAGUUUCGUAAAAGGAAAAAUCGUAUUAUGUGACAGAGGAAUCAAUUCAAGAGCUACCAAAGGUGAAGUUGUGAGAAAAGCUGGUGGAAUUGGAAUGAUACUCGCUAAUGGUGUGUUCGACGGCGAAGGCCUGGUGGCUGACUGCCAUGUCUUGCCGGCCACCGCCAUCGGAGCAUCCGGAGGUGAUGAGAUUCGGAAGUACAUCACAGUGGCUUCCAAAUCCAAGUCACCGCCCACCGCCACCAUAAUUUUUCGGGGAACCAGGCUAGGGGUCCGUCCAGCCCCUGUCGUGGCCUCAUUCUCCGCCCGUGGCCCCAAUCCAGAGUCACCGGAGAUACUCAAGCCCGAUGUCAUUGCUCCAGGGCUGAACAUCCUCGCAGCCUGGCCCGACCGAGUUGGCCCAUCUGGGAUUCCGUCUGACAAGCGCAGAACAGAGUUUAACAUACUCUCUGGUACAUCAAUGGCGUGCCCACAUAUAUCUGGUCUAGCUGCAUUGCUGAAGGCUGCCCACCCAGAAUGGAGCCCGGCAGCAAUUCGAUCAGCCUUGAUGACAACCGCAUACACAGAAGAUAACCGGGGCGAGACAAUGUUGGAUGAAGCCACAGGGAAUACCUCAACUGUAAUGGAUUUUGGAGCAGGCCAUGUUCAUCCUCAAAAGGCCAUGGACCCUGGCCUAAUCUAUGACUUAACCUCCAAUGAUUACAUCGACUUCCUCUGUAACUCAAAUUACACUGUCACCAACAUUCAGAUGAUCACCAGGAAGAUGGCGGAUUGCAGCAAGGCAAGGAAGGCCGGCCAUGUUGGGAACUUGAAUUAUCCAUCCAUGUCUGCUGUUUUCCAGCAAUAUGGAAAGCACAAGUUCUCGACUCAUUUCAUACGAACCGUGACCAAUGUUGGGGACCCCAAUUCAGUAUACCAAGUGACAGUGAAGCCCCCCACUGGAACACUGGUGACUGUACAGCCGGAAAAGCUUGUGUUCAGGAGGUUGGGGCAGAAGCUGAACUUCCUGGUGAGGGUGGAAGCCAUGGCAGUUAAGCUCUCACCAGGAAGCACUAGUAUAAAGAGUGGCUCUAUAGUAUGGGCAGAUGGGAAGCACACUGUCACUAGUCCCAUAGUUGUGACACUGGAGCAACCUCUGUAGUUAGGGUUUUGGGUUUUGGGGUUUAGGAAUUUUCGUUUCCUUCUUAUAGGAUUAUUAAUUAAUUAUCUCUCCCUAUGUAUAAGUAAACGUUUUCUAUAUCAGAAAGCGAGUGGAGUAAGAAAAAUGUUUGAAGAAA